ACGUCAGUUAUCCUGCCAGCGGCGAGAAAGCAGCUCCGUCCAGGAGGAGUUUGGUUACUUUUUCUCUCUCUGUGUGGAGAAUUAAAGGGAUUUGUGUGGGGCUUUUUUUUUUCCUCCCCCUGUCCUUUGGAGUCCUGGUUUAGACGACGGGAGGAAUGAAAUCACAGCUCUCCUGCUUCAGUAUGAACAGUUUCUGAAAGGAUUUGAAUAUCGACGACACUCUCAGAAAGUAGAUGGAGGAACCAGAAGGUACAGAUGGAUGUUACUGUGCGGGCUGUGGAGGAAAAAUUCAAGACUCGUCUCAAAUGAAAGUCCUUCAGGACACCUGGCACAACGCCUGCUUUCAGUGUUCUGUGUGCUGUGACCACCUGACUAACUGGUACUAUGAGAAGGAUGGCAAGCUGUACUGUCGCAAACACUACUGGGAGAAGUUUGGAGAGCUCUGCCAUGGUUGCUCUCUGCUCAUGACUGGACCUGCCAUGGUGGCCGGAGAACACAAGUAUCACCCUGAGUGCUUUGUGUGUCUGAGCUGCAAGGUGGUGAUUGAAGACAGGGAUACCUACGCCUUAGUCGAGCGAUCAAAACUCUACUGUGGAAAGUGCUACAAGCAGGUGGUCCUUACACCCAUGUUGGAAAAACGCUCACACGACUCGAUCCUAGACUCCCUGCCCCACACAGUGACCCUCAUCUCGAUGCCCUCUGCAGCCAACGGCAAGAGGGGCCUCUCUGUCUCAGUGUUGAGGGACGUCAACGGCUCUGCGAGUGUCCAAGUCAAAGAAGUCAGAGGGAUGCUUAUCAGUCCAGAGGUGCGAAAUGCCAUCCAUGUUGGGGACAGGAUCCUGGAGAUCAAUGGCCUUCCUGUCGGGACAUUGAUGGAGGAGGAGGUGGAUGAUCUUAUUCACCGCACCAGUCACACGCUGCAGCUGCUUAUAGAGUAUGACCCGGUGAGGCAUCGCUUAGACCGGCUCAGGCUGGGAUCACCAAGAACCAGUCUGGGAGUCCCGGCCACGUCCCGCAUGCGUCUGUCCUCGCCUUCCGAUGCGGUCCUGGAGAGAACCGACGUGGUUGAUGACGGCACGCUGAAAAGGAGGUCUUUAAGGCGCAGUAACAGCAUAUGUAAGUCACCAAAUUCUCCUAAAGAGACGGUUUUUAUUACACGAGACAUUGGCCGCUCUGAGUCCUUGAGAUCCUCCAGUAGCUGCUCUCAUCGCAUCUUCCGGCCAUGUGACCUCAUCCAUGGAGAAAUCUUAGGAAAAGGCUUUUUCGGACAGGCGAUCAAGGUGACUCAUAAAGCCACAGGAGAGGUGAUGGUGAUGAAGGAGCUGAUCCGUUGUGAUGAGGAGACUCAGAAAACUUUCCUAAAGGAGGUCAAAGUAAUGCGAAGCCUCGAUCAUCCCCAUGUCUUGAGGUUCAUCGGUGUGCUAUACAAAGACAAGAGGCUCAAUCUGAUAACUGAAUUUAUCGAGGGAGGCACCCUGAAAGAAGUCAUCAGAGACACUGAUCCGUUUCCAUGGGAGCAAAGAGUGAGCUUUGCAAAGAGCAUCGCUUCUGGCAUGGCCUACCUUCACUCAAUGAGCAUCAUACACAGAGACCUCAAUUCUCACAACUGCCUGGUUAAACUGGACAACACUGUGGUCGUUGCUGACUUUGGACUGUCCCGACUCAUCGUAGAGGACAAAGUGAAGCCUCCACCUGAAAAACCUUCCACCAAGAAGAGGGUGUUCAGACGUGUCGACAGAAAGAAGCGAUACACUGUCGUGGGAAACCCCUACUGGAUGGCUCCAGAGAUGCUAAAUGGUAAACGCUAUGAUGAGAAGGUGGACAUCUUCUCCUUUGGAAUUGUGCUUUGUGAGAUCAUUGGAAGAGUCUAUGCAGACCCUGAGUGCCUCCCCAGGACUCUGGACUUUGGCCUAAAUGUCGGCAAGUUUAUGGAAAAGUUCCUCCCUGAAGACUGUCCACCAGCUUUCUUUCCACUUACUGUGGCCUGCUGUGACCUCACACCAGACAACCGUCCACCUUUCCAGAAGCUGGAGGACUGGUUUGAAGCUCUGUCCCUCAACCAAGAGCUGGGGAUCCCCCUGCCAGCUGAACUGGAUGAACUGCAUCAGAGUCUGAGUCGACAACACUGGCCUAAAGACGUCUCCCCAGCCAUGAGCCCAGAUCAGCCAUCAACCCCGACAGUGGCCUCUCCAGACUCAUCCAGCGUGACAGACAAUGGCACCUAGUACCUGUGCCGCUGUUUGCUUGUUGUUUGACCCCUCUGAAAUGCUGCACUAACACUGUGGAUGACAAAAAGAGGACAGUUGCGUUGAACCCGAGCCAUAUUAGAACUGGAUAACCUGAGGUAGCUGGACCAAUCUCCCUUGUGUGGGACCUUAACUGUGUGAACUGCAAUGUGAGUGGAAAGACACAUUUCAAAAAAAGAUUAAGUGUUAGUUACUUUUUUUUUUUUUUUUACCCUACUCAGCCGCCACUCAACACACACAAUGUUGUACUAAUGUUUACUGUGUAUAAAGGCAAAACGCAACCUUCCCCUGACAGACGACGAGCAUCUUUUUAAGGUGGAAGACAGCAUGUGACAGCAGUUUUGUUUUUCUGCUUCUGAAGUUGUUGUUUGCUAUGUGUGGAAUGCAGAGAUCAGUCCCUGCCCAGAAGAGGACUCACUUCACUGCAGCAGCAAAGAAAACAAAGUGGCUUGACAGUCCGAGUAAACAGAGAGCAGGGCUUGAAGAAAACAGGUGUGACUCGAGGCAGCAGUGGAAACAAAACACACACUGACCCUGAAUAGUUUCAUCACUCUGAGAUUUGACACAGAUGGCGAAGGAUUGUUUUUUUUUUCCAUCUCAGCACCACUGAUCAAAUUUUUGACGAGAUGGUUACAAGUAUGGCUCUGUACUUUGUAGUCUAAUGAUUUUGAUUCAUUUCUUAGAAUGAUGAAUAAACACCAAUUUAAUUAGUUUGCCACACGUUCCUAUCAAACACCUGAUGCCUAUUUUUAAAAAGCAGGGCAGAAGCUUGUUCUCAAUACUUGUCAGACUUUUACGAAGAAGUAUUAGGACCACGCAUAAGUAAAAUGAAAUUUACUUAUGAUAGGAGGAAGAUUUUUAUUUUAUUUUGCAUUUUGACAGACACACAGGAAGGAGGUGACUUUAUUCUCGACAUUUUGACUUUAUUCUCAAAAAGCAAAAUUUAAAAAAAACUUCUCUAUUUUUUUUUUCUUAUGCCUAGCCCUAAUACUCUGUUGUAGUCUUGUCAUGCAAGAGUUGAACAUAAAAGGUUGCUUUGUACAGAAGAACUGGAUUUUUUUUUCUUAAGCAGUGUAUAUAAAUAUGUACAUAGUGUGCCUCUAAUUGGAUGUCAUUUUCUAAUGGGAACUCUAGAUUUGUAGAUUUGUAGACAUUUCGUCAACGAUGGACGUUUUUGCCUUUUUGCUGUCAUCAUGCAAGGUACUGACGACCAGUUGUAACCACUAUUAUUUAUAUCAUUGUAGUGUUUCAUAAAUAAACCUUCUGAAAGUUA